UUUCAAAAAGAUGCUUUUUACAUUCACUCCCCUUUGGCACAAGAGUCGCUUCUAAAGCUUAAGGUUGACUCAGCCUUCCAUCCUUCCGAGAGCAAUUGUCUAGAGGGAAGUCUGAAUAUUUAGGACAUGAAAGAGACCCUGAUUUAUCUGCCACCCAUCUCCUCGGUGCCACUGAGAUGCCAGUGUUCUAUUCUGGGUAGAUCUUUGAUGUUGAAAAACCGCACAUUCAGACUGAUAAGAGGGAAGGAAUUCUGCUUAUCUCCACAGUGAAUGCAAUGAAACAGGGAGACGGAUACGACAUCAUCUAUCUCCAAUCUACAAACAGUCCUUUCAACAGUUCCAAGAAGGCUCCACACCCCAUUUGCACAACUCAGGGGACCCUGAUGACACAGAUAAACCUUUAGGUGACCUUAAGGACUCUCUAAGAGAAUGCAGAUGCCCAGCUGUCUGCAAGGAAUAUAAAUCCUUCCAUUUCCCACCAUCCAGUCAGAGCUGAAGAAGCUCCUUCGGAUGAGAAGCGAAACGUCUUCAGAGAUAAAGCUGAAAGUCCCGUUGCCUCUCGGAAAAAAAGAGGUCCUUUGGGACAACCACGACCUGGAUGACUGAGAAUCUCCAUAGACAUCAGAUGAAACGGGUAUUGGUAACUCUGCAAGAGGAUUUUCCAAAAAUGGGGGGAGGGAAAUACCACCGGCCUUUAACUGCCGUGACAACCAUGGAAAACCGGCUUUCCACCAAAGAGACGCUGCGUGUUUGUUUGUUUUCUCUAAUGAAGCCUGCAUGACUUUGAUGUUUUAUAUAGUCAUGGCAACCUGCAAUUUACUUGGGUCUCCAGUGAUCCGACGCCAACGACGGCUGCACCAUCGCAUUCUUUCGUUCCAUUUGCACACCUCCUUCCCUUUCUUCUUCUUUCCUGGCCGUUUGUUAAUCCACCAAAGACCUUCACACACGCACACCGUUCAACAUGAAUUAAUUGGGCCCUUAAUGUUCCUUGCAAGCACGCUGGUUUAAUUAUUAUCUUUUUUUUUUUUUUUUAUAACCUCUGGGCUUAAGUAGCCACUGCAAUUUCCCACUCUCCUCUCUUUUUUUUUUUCUCCCCAAUCCUUGACUUGCAAGGAUUUGACUUGCUGAAUUGCAAGGAAAAGCACCUGAGGAAGAAGGGAAGGGAAGUACCUGCUGGAGGAUUCUUUGGAUGACAUAGGCACAAGACCGACCACAAGAUUGCUAAUAUUGGCAGGUUUAUCAACACUCGGAAAGGUGAUGGAGAACGUAAGACACAGAAAACAAAGUGGAAGCCAGGCUCUUGAUGAUGUAUCUGUUACCAGCAAGAAACCUAAAUCCACAAACUUACAGAAAGAGGUGGGUCUGAUCAGUGGAAUCUGUGUCAUCGUCGGAACCGUGAUAGGUUCGGGAAUUUUUAUUUCUCCGAAGUCUGUUCUGGCUAAUGUUGGAGCUAUCGGACCUUGCUUGGUUAUUUGGGCAGCCUGCGGAGUGUUGGCCACCUUAGGAGCACUUUGCUUUGCUGAACUCGGCACAAUGAUCCCCAAAUCAGGAGCAGAAUAUCCUUACCUGUUGGAAGCCUUUGGGCCCAUCCCUGCCUUCUUGUUUUCUUGGUCCAGCCUCAUGGUCAUCAAGCCCAGCGCCUUCGCCAUUAUCUGCCUGAGCUUCGCAGAGUAUGUGUCAGCUCCGUUUUACCCAGGAUGUGACCCUCCCAUGGCGGUCAUUAAGUGCCUGGCUACAGCAGCCAUUGUGGCCAUUACAGUCCUGAAUUCCCUGAGUGUGAAAUGGACGAGCUAUCUUCAGAACAUUUUAACUGCUACUAAAAUGGUGAUUGUCAUCAUUAUCAUUGUAAGUGGCAUCGUUCUCCUGGCCAAAGGAAACACAAAAAAUUUUAACAAUUCUUUUGACAGUUCCUCAAUUUCCGUGGGAGGCAUAAGCCUGGCAUUUUACAGUGGACUCUGGGCCUAUGAUGGAUGGAAUCAACUUAAUUAUAUCACAGAGGAGCUUAAAAAUCCUUACAGAAAUCUACCUCUGUCUAUAAUAAUUGGAAUCCCCCUGGUCACGGUGUGUUAUAUUUUGAUCAAUACUUCUUAUUUCACGGUCAUGUCGGCCACAGAACUGUUGCAGUCUCAAGCGGUCGCAGUGACGUUUGGGGAUCGGGUCCUUUACCCCGCUUCUUGGAUUGUUCCUCUUUUCGUCGCCCUUUCAGCCCUGGGGGCAGCCAAUGGGACUUGCUUCACGUCUGGCAGGCUGGCUUAUGUAGCAGGACGUGAAGGGCACAUGUUAAAGGUUUUAUCCUACAUCAGCGUUAAACGUUUAACGCCGGCACCCGCUAUUAUAUUUUAUGGUACAAUCGCAUUUUUUUAUGUCCUCCCCGGAGACAUCAACACCCUCAUUAACUACUUCAGCUUUGCAGUCUGGCUCUUCUAUGGCUUAACUGUCUUGGGACUGAUUAUUAUGCGCUAUACAAGAAAAGACCUGAAAAGGCCUAUCAGAAUCCCACUGAUCAUCCCUUUUGUUGUGGUGCUAGUGGCCAUCGUUCUGGUUUUGGCUCCUAUUAUCAGUGAGCCCGAGUUUGCGUAUUUGUACUGUGUCCUGUUUAUUUGUAGCGGAUUUAUCUUUUACGUUCUUUUCGUCCACUAUAAGUUUGGCUGGGCUCAAAAAAUCUCAGAGCCCAUCACCAUGCAUCUUCAGAUGCUGCUGGAAGUCGUUCCACCAGAAGAAGUUACUGAAUGAAGAAAAGAUCUUUUUUUCCCCUCUGAAACAGGACAGAAACAGGAUCCUCAAACUAGCUCAAUUUUGCCAAGCAAAAUUUAGUGCUGGUUUACAGAAUAUGCACGAGAUAGCAAAAGAUCUCACAAUAUGUAUGAGACAGGCAACAAUCUUACAAAUAUUUUUUUUCAUAUUUACCUUGACUUACCGAGGAAGGGAGUCAAUUUUUGCAUCAGUUACGAUUUAAAGAUUUAUAGUCAAGCGUGGAAAAAUCAAGGAAGGAAACGGGGAGUUUCUACUACUAGAUUCAAAAUGAAAAGCAUUUAACAACCUUUUGGGCAAUCUCGUAGGACAAUGCGUCUGAGCUAUCUGUACUUUUCUGAAAUACAGAAGAGACCAACUCCUGCAUUAGAUAGGCUAGAGAGCCAUAUCCAGAUGGCAAGGAGAUUCAAAAAGGAUGGAGAUGAACUGCUUACCUCUAAAACCUGAGGAAAUUAACAAGUCUAUCCUUGGCCUCGAGAGAGCUGGAGACAGUGCUAUGCUUUCUCUGUACUUAAAGCAUUUUGCAAAAUCAAUGGAUGGGAUAAUAGGCGCUUAUUGGCCUGGCAUGAGGUCUAAUCCUCACAGCCUAGACCGGAAUUGUCUACACUUUUCCUCCUCUGACAUCCAAGUCUAUGUUUUCAUUCUUGUGGAGCUUUAACUAUGAGGUUGAUGCAGUGUGUUAUCUUCUGGACCAUUCAACGUUGGAUUGUUAAGAAACAAGGACAACAACCGCAUCGCAAGGUACAAUUGGAAGAUAACAAAGGAGUUGGUCGCAUUUUAAAAAGACUGUUGACAUUUAUUACUGCAAUUUUGAAAAUCUGUUAGGAUUUCACUCCUCCAAACAUGCAGGAAGAGUUUCAUGUUCUUUUUUAGGAAAUACCAAGUAUGGGAGAACGCAGGGCCAUAUCAUAGUUGGAGACCACAGACUUUUUACCGUUAUUGAAUAUUUGUUUUUGAAAAUUAUUCAGGGGCUUUUAUAAAAAUCCGAGGUGCUCUCUUUCAGAACUGAUCCCUAUCAACGAUAAGCUUCUGGGACUAUUUUGACUCCAUAGUAGUUUCAAGCAACAAAUAAAAGAUUUUACAAAACAGAGGUUUAUUCGUUUUAGAUUUUAAUGAACACUUCUUUUUUUCUCAGAAAGACAAUUAACGGUUAACAGGACCAAUAUUAAUUCAGAGAAAGAUCAAGUAUCUGAAUGCAGAAUUAUAAACUUAGAUUGUUUGUAGACUUGUGCUUCCUUUGUUGUUUUGAUAAAAUUUUGCACAGCUAUAAAACUAGAACAAUUGGAUUGUACAGUAACUAUAGGUUUUCAGAGAACUGGCUUGUAUAUUCUAACACAAUUUCUCAACCUUGAUAACUUUGCUGGCUGAGGAAUUUUGGGAGUUGAAGUCCACACAUCUUAAAUUUGCCGGGGUCGAGAAACACACUUCUAAUGAAUGUGGGGGUGUGAAGAAUUCCUGACUACAAUAAAAACCUUUGACCUUAGCCCACAAACAUAUACUACAGCCCUCUAUGUCAAUAACAUUUUGCAAAAUUUACUAUUCUGUAUAAGUUGCAACUAUAAUUACAGGUUUUCUGUAUUCAGAUUUUCCAUGUUAACAUUUCAAGAAAUUAUGUGAUAUGCUUUAUUUUCUUCUGCUUGAGGAAGAAAUAUGUGUUGCUUUGGUCGACACAGCUGAUAUAUUGCAAUACCACAACAAAACUAUACACCUGAAAGCAAAAUCAGGUAUUUGAACAUUUUCUGAAACAAACACACAAAACUUAAUACUGUGAAAAAAGAACCAAGUUAUUCUUUUGUAAUGUUGUAUUACUGCUUUACCUCUCACAAAGAAUUAUCUUGUCAAAGCAAUUAGAUUGAAUUAACAUUACCCAUUUUAAGUUCCUUAAGAACCGAGUUACAACAAAUGAUCAGCCUACCCUGUUAGCACAUAUAGCAUUACAAAAAAAUCUGAUUAUAUUGUGUGUGGUUUUUUUUUAAGCAAGAUUAAAAAAAAACAUGCUUUCUUUGUGAAGUGUUUUGGUAUAAUUGCAACUGAAAAGCAAUUUUCAAUACUGUACCUGUCCUGGUCUAAUUGUUAAAUUUGGUGUAACUAUCAACUUGUAUAUCAAAUUAAAUUUCAAUCAAAUUUGUUAA